AAUCGAAUUCGAGCACCGGCUGAUCUCGGGUGGCUCGCGAGCAGCGCUACUCAUUUACAUCCCUAUCCAUGAAAGCUAGACUUUCCUUUUCAUCGUAUUCUUCUCUCCAAUCGCGACUCCGAUUUCCCCUCAUCCUCGCCGGAAAGCCUGAUCCCGAUGUCAUCCGACGACGGGGAGGAGUGUCCGCCGCUGAGCCAGCGGCCGGAGUGGGCAGACGUCCGGCCGGUGCCGCAGGAUGACGGGCCCAAUCCGGUGGUGCCCAUCCAUUAUCGCGAAAACUUCAGAGAAGCCAUGGAUUACUUCCGUGCAGUCUAUCUUGCCGAUGAACGCAGUCUUCGCUCGCUUAAUCUCACGUCUGAGGUCAUUGGUUUGAAUCCCGGCAACUAUACUGUUUGGCAUUUUAGACGGCUUGUACUUGAGGCACUUAAUGCAGAUUUACAUGAGGAGAGGGAUUAUGUUGACCGUGUCGCUGAGCGUUUCCCUAAGAAUUACCAGAUUUGGCAUCAUCGCAGAUGGCUUGCUGAGAAGCUUGGUCCUAAAGCUGCUGAUAAGGAACUUGAGUUUACAAAGAAAAUCUUCACUAUCGAUGCUAAAAACUAUCAUACCUGGUCUCACAGACAGUGGGUUCUUCAGGCAUUAGGUGGCUGGGAUGAUGAACUUGACUACUGCCAAAAGCUGAUUGAAGAUGAUGUUUUUAAUAAUUCAGCAUGGAACCAGAGGUACUUUGUCAUAACAAAAUCUCCCCUUUUGGGCGGCCUGCAAGCAAUGCGCGAGUCCGAAGUGAGUUUUGCCAUCAAAGCUAUUCUCACUAACCCGCAAAACGAGAGCCCAUGGAGAUACCUUAGAGGAUUAUACAAAGGUGACAUCGAACAACUCUUAAGCGAUAAUCAAGUGCCUGAAGUUUGUCUGAAGGUGCUGAAGUCUGGGCGCAACUUCCUGUUCGCAUUAAGCAUGCUUUUGGAUCUUCUUUGUUUCGGUUUUCAACCAACUGAUGAAUUCAAGAGAAUUGUCAAAGGAUUGACAAAUUCAGAGUCAAGUUCCUCAGAUGCUAAUUUGGCAACCAGUGUUUGCAACAUAUUAGAGACCAUAGAUCCUUUGCGAGCGAACUAUUGGGCAUGGCGCCGAAGCACUCUUCCUUCCAUAGUUUGUUGAAGCGGCUACACUCCAAACUCCAGCAUUUCGACAUUUUAUCACGGUUGUUUUCACCGUCUCAGAUCUUCAACUGAUUGUUGUUGUUAAGCUUAUUUAAGUACCUUCAUAUGAAUACUGAAUAGUUCAUGUUGAGAGAGAUGGUGAAAAUACUCUCAGAUUGUUGCAUUUGCAGUAUAAAUUAUCUGUCCUAUUUUUAACUGUUUAUUUCAUUGGAUAAUUUUGGAGUU